GGGGCUGCCCCUCAGAGCCGGGAGGAGCCGCCGGAGCCCCGCGGGUGCUGGUGCCCGGAGGCGGAGCGGCCGGAGCGCCGGGAAGGGGCGGGGCGAGCUGGCGUUGCCGGAGCGGCGCACGGCGCCAUGCUGGCCCUCGCCGGCUUCCGUCGGCCCCUGGCGGCGGCGGCGCGGGGCGGCGGCGGGGCCAUGCCCCGAAAGGGAAAAGAAGCCGGGAAGGGCCCCGCGGGACCGGGCGCCGCCGCGGGACCGGUGUCGGCGGGCGAGGGGUGCGUGAGGGUGGCGGUUCGCGCCAAGCCCGGCGCCCGCCGCAGCGCCGUCACAGAUGUGACGGCUGAGGCAGUGGGUGUAGCUAUCGCUGCACCUCCAUCAGAAGGGGAGGCAAAUGCCGAGCUGUGUCGCUACCUCUCUAAGGUGCUAGAGGUGAAGAAGAGUGAAGUUAUUUUAGAGAAGGGUGGUAAAUCACGUGAAAAAGUGGUGAAGAUUUUGGUAUCGAUGACACCAGAUGAGAUUUUAGAAAAACUGAAAAAAGAAGCUUCCAGUUGACCUAAAACAAGAGCGAGAAAUGGGACAAUGCAUCUUGGUAAAUGGACUGAUAUUCUUUCUUAUGUAAAUCUGGUUUCGUUGAGAAUGUGAGUAAUGACUAGGGAAAGAUAGUUCUUCUUCCCCCCGCCACCCCUGCUCUAUAGUUAAAGUUUUUGUCUGGGUUUGGUAAGAAAAACUUGUCUUUACUGAGGCUCUGUAUCUGCUUCUGUCACUAAAGACUUUUUUUCCCCUCUGGAGAGUUUCCUGUUGGUAAGAUUUGACCUCUUUCCAGGUCCCUAAACAAGUGGUUUAAAAAAAAUUUGUUUCUUAGUAAAACAAACUUUGGUUAACAGAGUGAAAGGCUUGGAGUUAUAGGCUUCGAUGUGAAGUGGUACAGAAGGAUGAGUCUGUCUGGAGGGUAAAGACGCUAGAAGGAUGUUCUCUUCAGUAUCUAACAGCAGGUACUGGGUGCAGUGUUGCACUGUGUGCACAUAUGUACAUUUAAAAUAAACAUAUUUGAAGCCAAUAUACUGUUGUUGAUCACACAGGCAAGCUAAAAGCAGAAUCACCCAAACAACUGAAACAAAACCAGAAGUUUGCAGUAUGAAAAACUGACCCAGAACCUAGUAAUUGCAUACACGGUGUCGCUUUGUCUGUAGUUUCCUGGAAAGUAGAGAUAUAAUCGUGUGUCUUUGACAAAUGUAUGUCACAUGUAAUGACUGUUUUUAAUAAAAGGGGCAAAAAGUAUUAUCAAACUUUGUUUUGCGUUUAUAUUUUUAAC